AGCGUGUAUUCAAGAAGCUGUAUGGUGGGCUUACGGAAGGGCUAACAGCCACACAAAUCUAAUUCCUUGACUAACAGCCUUCUCUACAAAUACUCCAAAGGAAGCCAAGAGAAUUUCUUACCCACCCGGCGUGUUCCCCCGGGACCUAGGCAUCCCUUGAGGCUGAAAACGGGGUCUCCGCGCACACUCUCGUAGUCGGCCACCCAGAGAUGUGAUAUGUCCCAGAGCGAGGUGGAGAUUCGGAAAGAGAGACGAAAUCCUCUUCGGAAAUACUGAUUCUGGGUAGGCCCGAUGACAUCUGGACCAAGCCAGAGGCGCCGCAGGCGGCAGGACACAAUUCCCUAAGUAGCCACUGUCAACCAGACACAGGGAACUUCCCAAAGAAGACUCGGAGUGUCGGCAACGAUUGGUAGCACGGCAAACUCAUCCACUCAGCCAUGACCAUCAACUUGAACCAGCUCACGGCGUGUGCCCACGAGGUUGUUGCACACGCCGAGACCCUCGUAGCCCUUAGCCGCAAUGGCGAAUCAGAUACAUUGCUUGGCGGCCAGGUCCCACCACCAGUUAUUGCUGGCAAGUUUUCACAAGAGGAAGAAAAUAUCAGGCGAUCGAUGGCCAUGAGCCUAGCCAAGCUGCAGGCCAUGGUGAUGAGCCCGGCGGAUUUGUUGCAGAAUAUUGCGUGCCAGAACCAGGUGCUGGCAUGUAUACAAUGGCUGUGCGAGUUCCAGGUCCUGGCCUACAUCCCACUCAACAACAGUGCGUCCCUCGAGGACAUUGCGGAGCUCGCGUCGGUCCCAAAAUCCCACCUCGCGCGCAUCGUGCCCAUGACCGCCGCGGUGGGCUUUCUCCAGGAGCCACAGCUCGGCCAGGUGGCGCACACACCGCUCUCGAGCCAGUUCGUCAUGAAGCCGUCGUACCACGACGCCGCCAUGUUCCUGGCGGGCGUGGCGGCGCCCGCGGCCAUCAACAUGGUCAAGGCGAUGCGGCUGUUUGGCCCGAACUCGUCCAGCCCGUCCCACAGCGCGUACAAUGCGUGGCAGGGCACGAGCAUGCCGUUCGCCGCCAUGUGCGAGCAGCAGCCGCAUUGGAGACGACAGUGGCCCGCCUUUCUGCAGCAUGUCAUUGCAGGACGGGAAGUCUCUGGCGUGGAGUUGCUGCAGUCGCUCGGCUGUUUCGACCGGCUUGACAGCUCAUCGGCCGUGUCCGUGGUGGAGAUCGGAGCGGAGACGACAGACCGGGCUUCCGUCUUGGAGAAACAGUAUCCCCAGGUCAGCUUCAUCGUCCAGAUGAUUAGAGCCGGAGCCGCGGACAACUUCCAUCUGAGCAAUACUCGGGGGUCUGGAUCCGCCUCCAAUGAUAUGGAGCUGCAGACCAAUGGCCGCAUCACCGCCUACUACCGCGCGAUUGGGACUCCACAGCUGGUCCGGGACGCAUCUAUCUACAUUCUAGAUCUUUCAUCCAUCGGGCUGGGCCGCUCCACGCAGCAGAUUGUGUCGGAGCUUCUCGCACACAAGGAUAUCCUGCGUGCCAACGCCAACAGCUGCCUCGUCAUUCUCAGCCAUCUUGUGCCAGGUCGGGGUUCUAUUCCACCCGAGGAGGAGAUCAUGGCCCGGCUGCGCGACCUGAGUCUGUUUCAGCUAUCCAACCAGCAUCUUCUGCACACGAGCGAGCUGAGCGAAUUGGUCCACAGCAUACAUGAUGCCACGGGGCGCUUGGCCGUGGUUAAGAAGACUUGCUCGCCAACGGGUGACGCAGCAGCCAUUGAGGUCCGAUACCAACCAUUUCAAUCUGGUUGAUUUGAUGUAGAAUAGAAUGACAAAGAAGACUUAGCGCAGAAUUUGCUAGACCAACUUCCGACGUUUGAUGCACUAGCUCCUCAUCGUCGGUUCACAUAAAAUUGCGCAAGCUUUUCAAAGAA